GUGGCGGGACGGCUUGAAUCGAGCGGAAGCCGCGGGAUGGAGUUGGAGGAACUUCGUUUGGGCGGGUGACUAGAGCGCUUUCUUUGGGGAGGCGGGUGGGAACAACCGGGGAUGGGGAAGGAAGCGAGCCAACAAGGUUGCGUCGCUAGCUUGCGUGCUUGCUGGAGUUAGAGGAGUUGCGUGUACUGAGACGGAGAAGUGGUUUUGUGAACGUCCCGCCUUUUCCCUGUUUUGUGAUGGGAGAUUUCUGGAGAUUCGAUGGUGAAAGCGCAGAAGUGAGCCUUCCAAAGGAGCAAACUGAACAAACCUCCUCUCGAGAAAAGAAGCUGGGCUUUGAAGGUGGAGCAGGUGGUUCUGAAGCGUUAGAGGAUCCCCCCAGCCAAGAGAAGAUGGAAGCUGCGCAUUUUCUCAGCUCAAAGGGAAUGACUAGUUCCACAUGCGAUGCUCCAGCUGACGCCAGGACCAGUGCCUCUGGGACUAGCAAGAGAAAACAACGUCGGCCUCCCAGUCCCAAGAAGGCUGAGGAUUAUGGCCCCAGCCCUAGGAGAAUGUCUCCCCAGCAACUGAAUCCUGAUGUUGGGAAGGCUUCUACAUCCUUUAAUGUUUCCUUGGGGCAGCUCCCCAGCCCGCGAGUCUCCCGCCCGUCCUUGAGUCGCCGCAGUUUGAAACAGGAUGCUAAUCGCCGGAAGUCGCUGCCGCCUCUACACACAGAUGUUACUGAACUGAGUAAAGCCAUCAGCCGGGACUUGCCGGAAAAGGACAGGAUGGCACAGCUUCUCCUUUCCAGUUUUCAGUACGCUGCCCAGAAGUUUAAGGAUUCCUUAAAGCAUACUAAAGGGUUUAAUGCUGAAACCUUUGAACGGAAAGUGAAUGAGAUUUCAGAAGAGCUGAGAUUCUGUACCAAGAGGCUGGACCUAGAUGGGACCCUUCAAAAAUGCUUUGAAGAACCCAAAGGCGAUUCAUCAGAUCCUGUUUUAAUUGCAUCGCUGACUACGGUGAAGGAGAAUAUAGCCAGGCUUUCUGAAGAGAAUCAAGCCUGGGAUCGAUUGCUUUGGUCUUACCAAAGAAGUGCUGAAGAAAUAUCAAGCCAGCUGCAGCAAUGCAAGCUGAGGCUGGCACCAGAGGAGCCCGUCAGCUAUCUUGGAUCUUCACAGGCCCACGUGCUUGAAGUCAAACCAGACUACCAGAAAAUCCUGGACUCUCAAGGAGAGCUCUUUGACUCCAUGGAGCUAGUGCUGGAUGAAAUCCAUCAGGCAGUAAACGUUUUUCAAGCCUUUAUGGACGACAAUGCACGGCAUCUCCAGAAGUUAUCAGGGCAACUUGGAUCAAGGACUUUCCAAGGAUUGGAAAACUCUCCAGCCCGGAAACUGCUCAUGCUUCCCCAAGCACUUCCAUCUGCACCUUAAACUUCAAGUUGGCAGCUGUGUUCCUGAUUGGCUUCUGACACUGUUUCUGCUGCAUGUGUGCAUCUCUCUUCUGCCUCACUCGAGCUAUAACGCCUGGAGGGGUGGCAUUCUUGCCCCACAUCUGCGGCAUGGCAGCUGUAUAAACACUUUUUGUACUGGGGCACACCCUUGCCUGACAACACUUUAAUUAAAAAGAAAUGCGUCUCAUC